GAAACGCUGCGGUUCGUCACACGUCUCAGUGGGACCGAGGCCAGUUUCGGUGGCGAUCACUCCGAGUGAGGACGUCGCUUAGUCACCGGCGCAGAUCCCGGCAAGGAAAGAGAGGGAGAAGGCAGCACCUCCCCGCUCACACGCAGAUUGGCUGCCGCCGUUCGGCUGCCUCGCCUCCUUCCCCACAGACGAUCUCCGAGUCCAGGGCGGGGCUCACACGUUCAAACCCGGCACAAGAAAAACUUGGGCCGGGUCGAUGCAUGGAGCAGUGUGGGAAAGCCGUGUUCGUCGGUGGGAAGCUGAGACGCGGACGGCCGGGUUCCAUCCUCCAGGGACUCCGGUGCGGUUAAGAAGCGUGGCCGGAUUUGACGACGCGAGGCAGCGCCGGCGAAGGAUUUGUGGCGACGCCGGAGGAGGAAGGAAGGAGCCUAGUGGUGCUGGUGGGAGGGUGGGGAGAAAAAGCGACCGAGAAGAAGCGUUUCAUUUCCCUGCUUGCAACUCGUCAGGAUGAUGUGACAAGUCCCGAGCGAGAACGCGGAAAUCGGAUUUAUUUCCCCGCCGCUGGAGAGCACCCGAGCCGCCGGCUUUGAUGGCUGGCAGGCCCGUGGUGGGGACACACAACAUGGCAGAAGCGCGGCGGGAGAGCACCAGCAGUCUGCAGAGGAAGAAGCCUCCAUGGCUGCGAUUAGACAUUCCCACCGCUCAGAUGUCGCUGGACGAGCCGCCCAGUUUUGUUCAGCCGAUAAAGAGGCAGGGCUUCCUGCGCAGCAUCAGCAUGCCGGUGGAAACGUCUCACAUGCAAUCGCCACCCCGAGACUUUUUUGACAGCCGGCGGCCGGUCUUGCAGCGCCAGUCGUCCAUCACGCAGACCAUCAAGAGCAGCAGGAGGGUUCACUUUGAGCGGAUUAACACGGUGCCCGUUAAGGGCCAGCGAGCUGCCCGCCGCAGCACCAGGAAGCACCACUCGCUCUCCAGAACCCUGCUCAGGGGCACGGCCGACUGGUUCGGGGUGAGCAAGGAUGGCGACGCCACGCAAAAAUGGCAGCGCAAGAGCCUCCGCCACUGCAGCCUGCGUUACGGCAAGCUCAAGCCACAGGUGAUUCGCGAGAUGGACCUGCCGAGCCAGGACAACAUCUCGCUCGCCAGCACCGAGACGCCGCCUCCGCUGUAUGUGCCCUCCUCCUCGCAUGGCAUGCAGAAGAUCGUCGACCCGCUGGCUCGCGGUCGGGCCUUCCGCAUGGUGGAGGAGGUGGAUGGCUACAGCGUACCGCAGACGCCCAUCACACCCGGGGCAGCGUCGCUCUGCUCCUUCACCAGCUCGCGCUCGGGCCUCAACCGGAUACCCCGCCGACGCAAGAGGGAGUCGGUGGCCAAGAUGAGCUUCAGGGCGGCGGCGGCGCUCGUCAAGGGGCGCUCCAUACGGGACGGAACCCUGCGACGGACCCAAAGACGCAGCUUCACCCCUGCCAGCUUCAUGGAGGAAGACAUCGACUUUCCCGAUGAGCUGGACACGUCCUUCUUUGCCCGAGAUGUUCUGAUGCACGAUGAGCUGUCCACGUUUGCGGACGAGGUGUUUGAGUCGCCGUCGGAGGCGGCGAUGAAAGAGGCCGAGCAUGGCGACAAGGAUGAGAUCGAGUUGACGGGAAGUGCGCUGGAUAAAACGGCGCUGGAGAGGAGUCACCUGAUGCUACCUUUGGAGCGAGGGUGGCGUAAAGCCAAAGAGGGCGCGCCGGGCCCGCCCAAGGUGCCCUUGCGUCAGGAGGUGGUGAGCGUCAGCGGGCAGCGGCGCGGCCAGCGCAUCGCCGUACCCGUCAAGAAGCUAUUCGCCCGCGAGAAGAGGCCUUACGGGCUGGGCAUGGUGGGCAAGCUGACCAACCGCGUGUACCGCAAGCGCAUCGACAGCUACGUUAAGAGGCAGAUCGAGGACAUGGACGACCACAGGCCUUUUUUUACCUACUGGAUCACCUUCGUCCACAUGCUCAUCACCAUCCUGGCCGUGUGCAUCUACGGCAUCGCGCCGGUGGGCUUCUCCCAGCACGAGACGGUUGAUUCUGUUUUAAGAAACAAAGGUGUGUACGAAAAUGUCAAGUUUGUACAGCAGGAGAACUUCUGGAUCGGGCCGAGCUCGGAGGCACUGAUCCACCUGGGGGCCAAAUACUCUCCAUGCAUGCGGCAGGACAAACAAGUGCAUGAGUUCAUCAGGGAAAAACGAGACAUCGAACGCAACUCGGCGUGCUGCGUGCGCAACGAUCGCUCGGGCUGCGUCCAGACCUCGGAAGAGCAGUGCUCGAGCACUCUGGCCGUGUGGGUGAAGUGGCCGCGGCAUUCCAGCACGCCUCACCUAAACGGGAAAGCCAGACAAUACGGCUCCGUGUGCCAUCAAGACCCGAGGACAUGUCUGGAGCCUGCCUCGGUCCCGCCGCACGAGUGGCCCGACGACAUCACCAAGUGGCCAAUUUGCACCAGGUCAAACACAGGGAACCACACCAACCUGCCUCACAUUGACUGCACCAUCACGGGCCGACCCUGCUGCAUCGGAACCAAAGGGAGAUGUGAAAUCACAUCCCGGGAAUAUUGUGACUUCAUGAAUGGCUUCUUCCACGAGGAAGCCACUCUCUGCUCCCAAGUGCAUUGUAUGGAUGACGUAUGUGGACUGCUGCCUUUCCUCAACCCUGAAGUCCCGGAUCAGUUUUACAGACUCUGGCUGUCACUUUUCCUGCAUGCGGGGGUCCUUCACUGCAUGGUGUCGGUGGCAUUCCAGAUGACCAUCCUGAGGGACCUGGAGAAGCUGGCAGGAUGGCUGCGCAUCUCCAUCAUUUACAUCGUCAGCGGCAUCACCGGCAACCUGGCGUCGGCCAUCUUCCUGCCGUACAGAGCCGAGGUGGGACCGGCGGGCUCUCAGUUCGGCAUCCUGGCCUGCUUGUUUGUGGAGUUGUUCCAGAGCUGGCAGAUCCUGGCCCAGCCUUGGGUGGCCUUCACCAAGCUGCUGUGCGUGGUGCUCUUCCUGUUCGCCUUCGGCCUGCUGCCGUGGAUCGACAACUUUGCCCACUUCAGCGGCUUCGUGUCGGGCUUCUUCCUGUCCUUCGCCUUCCUGCCCUACAUCAGCUUCGGCCGCAUGGACCUGUACCGCAAGCGCUGCCAGAUCAUCGUCUUCCUGCUGGUGUUCGUGGGCCUCUUCUCGGGCCUGGUCGUGCUCUUCUACGUCUACCCCAUCAAGUGCGAGUGGUGCGAGCUGCUCACCUGCAUCCCCUUCACGGACAAAUUUUGCGAGAAGUACGACCUCAACGCGCAUCUCCACUGAGGCCUCGCGCAAGCCCCGCCCCCUCCCAGCCAAUCAGGUCAGAAUGGGACUUUUUUGAAACCACUUGAACUCCAUUGGCGAGAUGCUUUGUGUUUUUCUACUCUGGUCGAUAUACGAGCAACGUGUCACCUUUGUUUUUAAAUCUCUCCCCCCCACCCCCCUUCUGCUCAGCCCACCACCGUGCACUCCUUACGGGGCUCAGUACUUCACCGAGCCAAUCGUUGGUAUUUGUGUUUCGGUCUUGACGCGGAGAUUUUUAACAGGAGGAGGAUCAGGACCACAUGUGGGGAAACAAAAUGUGAUUUAGCACUCAAAUUGUUGCUUUUUUUUUAGGUUUAAAACAAAGCCCUAUGAAUUAGAAUUGUGACUUCGAUUCCCUAUUUUGUUUUAGAUUCAAUUAUUUGAAGCCCCUUUAUGUUCACAACAGCACUUAAAAAAAAAAAAAAUGAAAGCAGAUUGACUUGUAAUAUCACUUCCAAUGGUGGAAUUGUAAGCUUUUGUUGUCGACUGUACGAGACCAUUAAAAAAAAAAAAAAAAAGAAAGAAAGAAAAUCACACAUUUGGCGGAUGUAACAGUACAGUUACGAGACAAACUUUAUCCAUAUCACAAUUCCCACCUAAAACAUUUUUAUCAUUUUGGACAUAUUUGUGCUAGCGCUUGACCAAAAAAAAAAAAAAAAACACCGUCAAAAUGAAUAAUUGCAAAUUUUGAAAUAUUAGUUCAUACGAUAGUUUUCUAACUUCCAAUGCACUAUUUUAGCGUCACAGUUACGAGGUAAGACACCACAUUGGAGCACUUUUUCAUGAAUUACAAAAACUUAAUUUGCACUUGUUAACUAUUAAAAAAUUUGUAUCGUUGCUAUUGGGCGGAAACCUCCUACUGCAUGUCCAAAUUUGGUCAAUUUCAUAUUUUUUUUCCCACAAGUGGCUACUAUCGAGCCGUUCCCACGUGGGUUUGCUGUUUUUACAAAUUAUUGACCAACCAAAACGAUUCAAUGUUAAUGACUCAACAGGCUGCCUAAUGUUUUUUUUUGGGGGGUUGGGGGGAGAUGCGAGGAUUCUGCCCUUCGCCAGCGAUUCUGUUUGGAUAAAUGCAUUUCACAUAUCUGUUCCUACCGAAAACACCUUUUCAUCCAUUCAGAAUUCUUAUCAUUCCAACUCUAUAAACACAUCGCUGUGACUCAGUGAAAGAAUCUUCGACAAGAGUACUCACCAAUUUAAAAUUCAUGCCUGAUCUUAUUAAAAAAAAAAAGGUUUUAUACUUUUUCACGUUUGGACAUUACACUUGCACGCGAUGGUGUCAUGACUUAAUACGACAACAAAACUGCAACCUUUUGGAAACCUUCAACCCAAUUUGAAUGUUCAUGAUCAUUUUUUUCCCCCCACACUUGGUUCUUAUCCUUUUCCACAGAACUCAUUCAGGCAAUCUCAAACCGAAAGCAGGGACAAGCCGCAACAAAUAGAAAUCCAAUAUCAAAACCUUCGGUGCCUUGUUUGAAAGAGAAAUGUACCAACUACUACUGCCAUAAUUUUUUUUUUUGUUUUUUUGUUAACAUUAUGC